UAAACACACACACACAGUGAACACGCACACACUUUGACCCUGUGGUCAGUAACCCCCCUCAGACAGACCGACAGACACACUGAGCUGGACGUGGAUGUAGAGGUUCUGCUGGAUCAUGGACCUGACAUGUCGACCCGUCCUGCUGUUGCUGCUGCUCCACGGCUGUUUCGCACAACACGUUUUCCUGGACAGCCAGCGAGCCUCUCAGGUGUUCAUCAGGAGCAGGAGGGCCAAUCAGCUGUUUGAGGAGGUGAAGCCAGGGAACCUGGAGAGGGAGUGUGUGGAGGAGAUCUGCGACCAUGAAGAAGCGCGGGAGGUGUUCGAACAGACAGAUAAAACAGAACAAUUCUGGACAAAAUAUGUGGAUUGUAAAGGGACUCAGAUGAUCAGAACUCUGAACAACAUCAACAUUGUCAGACAGUGCAUUGAAGGACAGUGUAUUUCUGGUACUGGAGUGAACUAUGAAGGAGACAUAAGCAUCACAAAGUCAGGACGACAGUGUCAGUACUGGACAUCCAACUUCCCACAUCCAAUAACAAGGGAGUACAAUGCUUCAGAGCCGGACAGCGUCCUGCAGGAGAACUUCUGCCGGAACCCGGACAACCGUGCAGAGGGGCCCUGGUGUUACACCAAGGACCCCACGGUCCAGAAGGAGGGCUGCAGGGUCCCCACCUGUGGUGAGGCCUUUGUCCCAACCACUGUGGCCCCUGAACAAAUCAGAACCGGGGUCUGUUUACCCAACUAUGGCAUCGACUACAUCGGUGACCUGUCCGUCACGAUGGGGGGCCACACCUGCAUGAAGUGGGCUUCUCCGCAGGCAAAGACCCUCAGCGUGGACAAAGACUUCAUUCCAGAGGUCUCCCUGGACGGCAACAAGUGCCGCAACCCCGACAACGACCCAGAGGGGCCCUGGUGCUACGUAGAGGUUUCUGGAAACGUAACGGUGGAUUACUGCGACCUGGAUGUGUGUGAGGAUCCGCUGAUCGAUUUGAACCCAGAGGACGGAGAUCGCGAGCGAAGCGUCCUCGGGCCCGCCAGGAAAAAGUUCUUCAAACCUCGAACCUUCGGAGAAGGAGAGAGCUUGUGCGGGGAGCGGCCGCUGUUUGAGAAGAUCAACAAACAGGACGGAAAGGAGUCCGAAAUGCUGGAGUCGUACGCAGCCAAGCGCAUCGUCGGGGGCGACGACGCCGAUGUGGCCUCGGCACCAUGGCAGGUGAUGCUGUAUAAGCGCAGCCCUCAGGAGCUGCUGUGUGGAGCAAGUCUGAUCAGCGACCAGUGGAUCCUCACCGCCGCUCACUGCAUCCUCUACCCACCCUGGAACAAGAACUUCACCGCCAAUGACAUACUGGUCCGCCUGGGAAAACACAACCGGGCCCAGUUUGAGCGCGGCGUGGAGAAGAUCGUGGCCAUCAGUGAGAUCAUCGUGCACCCCAAGUACAACUGGAAGGAGAAUCUGAACCGUGACAUCGCUCUGCUGCACCUCCGGCGGCCAAUCGCUUUCACGGACCAGAUCCACCCUGUCUGCCUGCCCAGCAAGAAGGUCGCAAAGGCACUGAUGACUUCUGGGUUUAAAGGCCGGGUCACGGGAUGGGGGAACCUGAAGGAAACCUGGAACCCCUCCGCGAGGAAUCUACCUAAAGUCCUCCAGCAGAUCCACCUGCCGAUCGUGGACCCAGACAUCUGCCGGGCCUCGACCACAGUAAAGACCACAGACAACAUGUUCUGUGCCGGAUUUAAACCAGAGGACGCUGAACGUGGAGACGCCUGUGAGGGAGACAGUGGUGGACCGUUUGUGAUGAAGUACCCGGCGGAUAACCGCUGGUACCAGAUGGGCAUCGUGUCGUGGGGCGAGGGCUGCGACCGCGACGGGAAAUACGGUUUCUACACACACCUGUUCAGGAUGAGCCGCUGGAUGAGGAAGGCCAUUGAGAAAACGGACGACGAGUAAACAGAUGCUAGAACAAGAUGCUAAUGCUAAUAAAGUUUGUCCACGCAAAGUAAUGUGAGAUUGUUUAAAAGAAGCCGGAAAAGGAUUCAAAUGUAAGAGUCAAUUUGAGGAUGUUUCCUGCAGAAAUAAAGGUGCAUCAGAA